AUGAAUUGCUCGUCAACAACAGAUAUACAAAAUCGUUCUGUUUUAAUCGGAAAUUUUGGUGCUUCAAUUUUUAUGAUAAUAUACAUAGGAAUUUAUGGGAUGGGUAUAAUUGUUUAUUUUGCAUGUCAAUUUAUGGCUGAUUCUAGAGAUAAUCAUGAAAAUGAAAUUCCAAAUGAAUUCUUUCCAACAUUUCAUCAUAUUAGUGAACGACAAGAAAUAUAUAACCAAUUAACUGAUGAAAAUCGGGUUAAAGAACUAUAUAAAAUUUAUUAUUCAGAUGAACCAAAUAAUUCAAAGUUCAUUGAAGAAAAAGCAAAUCAAUGUUCAAAAAAAUAUCAUCUAAAAAUUCAAAAUCUUAAGUCAAAGCAAACAUAUUAUGUUAUAGAAAGUUCAACACCACAGACACUAACUACCAUUUCAUGUACAAAUUAA